AUGGCCAACUCCUGUUGUGGCUCCAGCUGCUGUGGCUCCAGCUGCUGCCAGCCUUGCUGCCGCCCCACCUGCUGCCAGACCACCUGCUGCAGGACCACCUGCUGCCGCCCCACCUGCUGUGUGUCCAGCUGCUGCCAGCCUUGCUGCCGCCCCACCUGCUGCCAGACCACCUGCUGCAGGACCACCUGCUGCCGCCCCAGCUGCUGUGUGUCCAGCUGCUGCCGCCCCUCCUGCUGUAGUUCCAGCAGCUGUGGCUCCAGCUGCUGCCAGCCUUGCUGCCGCCCCUUCUGCUGCAUCUCUAGCUGCUGCCGCCCCUCCUGCUGUGGCUCCAGCAGCUGUGGCUCCAGCUGCUGCCAGCCUUGCUGCCGCCCCACCUGCUGCAUCUCUAGCUGCUGCCGCCCCUCCUGCUGUGGCUCCAGCUGUGGCUCCAGCUGCUGCCAUCCUUGCUGCCGUCCCUCUUGCUGUGGCUCCAGCAGCUGUGGCUCCAGCUGCUGCCGCCCCUCCUGCUGCCCCUCCUGCUGCCUGCGCCCAGUCUGUGGCCGGGUCUCCUGCCACACUACUUGCUAUCGCCCCACCUGUGUCAUCUCCACCUGCCCCCGCCCCAUGUGCUGUGCCUCCUCUUGCUGCUGA